AACACUUCUUGCGCACGACCUGCAAUGCUUAUGUUACAAUCUGUUUCGGUCUGUUCAGGUUAUGGACUCCGGUGCACUCGACCACUCGUUAGUACCAAGGACAAGGAGGUGCACUCGCCACUCAGGGCACUCGGCUAACCGGAAAAACAUCUUUUUCUCCUGAAAUCUUGUACCGCCAACUUUCUACGUGACACAGAUAAUUAAAUAAUUCUGUUCAUCUGCUGUGACCGUGUGACCUGCGGCAUAAACCGAGGUCAGGGCCAAGCUACUGGCAAACAAAAAUGUGGCCAGCAAAUAUAAAACUCUCUGAGCAUGACGAGGUGCUCGUUGAAAUUGCACUUGCCGUCAGUUUGCUUGCCAUACAAAAUGCGCCGGAGGAUCCUCAGGAAUGGCUCAAGCAAAAUCCGAACUACGAAAAUGUAGUUAAAGAGUGUCGAGGAAAAUGGGUCUCCGUUGAACACCAGAAAAGUGUCAAGUCCGACAACCUUGACAGGAACGUGCAUAAGUGGCAUCGGAAAAACAAGGAAUUGAUUGAUUUGAUGAUUAACGCUGCCCUUUGCAAGCGCCAGGAAAGUCAGGAAGAUUGUGAAAUUGAGGGGAAAGCGCGCUUACUAUUCUUCGACAAAAUAUAUCCAGCAACCCAGACCACUAGUUCUAAGAAUGCUAAGCGCCAAAAGCACCUGAAGCAGAUUCUUUUUGUGGCAAAGAACACAAAGAAAGGGAAGGGCUUGCCAAGUAUGAACUACACAGAGCUUACUUGCAUCGACCAAACCACAAAUCUGCAAGUGACAUUUGUGAAGGAGCCCAGCAAUAUCCCACAAAGCGUGGUAAAUAAAGCAAAUCUGUCUGCUGAGGCCGCAGUACAUGAUGCUCAGAAAGGAAACUCUCUUUCAGCAUCCUUAAUCCAUAUGGCUGUGUCAAGUUUGAAGGAAGCCAAAACUAAUGCAGCCUACAAGGAGUUGACCAAAGAAGUGCGAAAUCUACAUCUAAGUAAGAUGUUUGAACAUCUUGAGAAAAAUGGUGGGCUUGUUAGUGAGGAGUCAGAGAUUGAAAGAUUCCUAUACUUAGUGGAAAGCAAAGAGAAGAUUAAGCAACGAGCCAAUGAGGAAAAUAUCAAAGAAUCACAUAUUUGGAUUCAAGAUUUCCAAUUCAAAUGUGUUCGUGUCAAGCUCGGACGAUGUUGUUUGUGUUCAACAACGAAAUUGUUGAGUGAUGUGUCAAACUUGACUCUGCAGGACUGGGAACUAGUUCAAAAGGAGGAAGAAUUAGUCGAAAGCGCCUUUUGCAAGAAAUGCAAAAAAAAUACUAACCUUCAGCUGCUAUAUGUCUUGAGUCACAACUACCUUCUCAUCGAACCAACAAGCAUGGAGUAUCCUAGGCCACCAAAAAAAUCCUUUAAAGAAGCUUUAGCCAUGUUCAAAGAUGAGGUCCAGAUUGGCGGUGUUGACUUCUUGUUCUGCACAGCUGUUUUGAACUUGAAGUUAGAAAACCCUGAAGAAAUCCGCACCAUAAUGGUAACAAAGAAAGACGGCCGUUUUCAUGUUACCUGUGCCUGCCAAGAUCCAGGAGAGUGGAGUGUUGGAGAAGAAUGCUACAGGCUUGGUUUAACAGACAAGAAAGUGUUUACCAAGCUGGUUUUAUACCUAAGAAAGGAGUAAAAGCACCAAAGGACUUAGGAAACUUUGCAUGAUGAUCAGAAUUUUGGACACCCACCCUGAACACACCAAAAAGGAGACGAUUUUUCUUCAUGGGCUUUAAAGAUUGGUUUCACACAAUCAUUUAGCUCCUGCAACUAUCUGUAAAGCCUUAACAGGAGCAUGCCAACAUUAAUUGAUGCUCUCAAAUACUUUCCAUUGCCUCACGUAUAAUCCGUACAGUCAUGUAAUAUAAGAUUUCUAAUGUAGUAAAUAUAAAACAGGAAAAAUAAUUUACUUGAGAUUUAUUAAAUAAAUGAAGAACUUUCAUGUGCACAACAGAGUGUCAUUUUUUCGACAGAAAAUAAAAUGAACAAUAAUGUCCAUUGAAAGUCAUCGCCUGAGUGCAUGAA